GAAGGAGUAACACGCGCCCGCCCCGCCCCGGCCGGUGAUUGGCCACGCCGGGGGGCGGGGCUAAGUCACAGCAGCGCCGCGGCCCGGGGGCGAUGGUGCUGGGGGUUGUGACCGCCCCACCCGGGGCCCCCGCCCGCCACGAAGGUCACUCGUCCGGCGGCGGCUGAGGAGCCCGAUGGCCGCACCUGGCAGAGAUGCCAUCGCCUGGUACCAGAAGAAGAUUGGAGCCUAUGACCAACAGAUAUGGGAAAAGUCUAUAGAACAGACAGAGGUGAAGGGCUUCAAAAACAAACCAAAAAAAAAGGGCCAUAUACAGCCUGAUCUGAUAGAUGUUGACUUAAUCAGAGGCUCCACAUUUGCCAAAGCCAAGCCUGAAAUCCCGUGGACGUCACUAACUAGAAAGGGGAUUGUGCGGGUUGUGUUUUUUCCAUUAUUCAGCCGUUGGUGGAUACAGGUUACGUCCCAGCAUAUUUUUAUGUGGCUUCUGGUCCUUUACCUCAUGCAAGUUAUAGCAGUCGUGUUGUAUUUCAUGAUACCUGUUGUGAGUGCAAGUGAAAUUAUUGGACCAAUGUGCCUUAUGCUACUGAUGGGAACUGUUCACUGUCAGAUCGUGUCUACCCAGAUCAACAAACACCCAGGAACCAAUGGAAGCAGCAGGAGGCGGAGAAAAUUACGCAAACCUGGGGGUAGUGAUGGGAGCAGAGAUGCUGGCAGCUGGUCUUCCUCUGACAAAGCCAAUAAAGGAGACAAGCAGUUGGAACCUACAUCCAUUAUCAACAGUUUGUUUGGCAUGCUCUUCCGAAGGAGGUUAAGGAGGGUGAAAUUGGUAGCUGAUAAAGGGACUGAAACAGAAAGUGGUGUGAGUUCUGUGUAUAGUGGCAUUAAGAACAGACUUUCCAGAUCCGAAUAUAGGCUGCUGCAUUUCAAAGAGAGAGACAGACUUUCAGAUGGGGAGAAGAGUCAUCGGGAUGGCUGCACACAUACGGGUGGCAUUUCUGAUGAGCUGUCAAGUGAGGAGGAUGCUGAAGCCAUGGCACAGAGGAUUUUGUUACGCAGAAGUGUAGAAGGGGCCUCCAGUGACAAUAGCUACGAAGACAAGAAUAGGAAACCUCUUACUUCUUCAAACCAGUCAGUUUCACAGGUCAAUCAAGGCAUUAAAGGUUCCAGAGAGUCCGAUAGUGUGGUUGAAUCUGAACUAGACUCAACAGCCUUUAGUCAGGAAUCAAGGUCUUGUUUUAGUGGUGGGUCCCAGAGCUGCAGUGUUUCUCGGAGAGACUCUGAAAGCACCCGCCAUGACUCUGAGACAGAGGACAUGCUCUGGGAUGACCUGCUUCAUGGACCAGAGUGCCGUUCUUCCUACACCAGUGACAGCGAGGAAGGGAAUGUAAAAGGAAGUAAACGGGACCUGAAAGACGAUGUUUUCCAACAGAACCAUUUGUUCUGGCUUCAGAAUUCGAGCCCUGCAUCUGCAAAAGUAAGUGCCCUGAUCUGGGAGGGAAGUGAGUGCAAGAAGGUGGACAUGUCUGUGCUGGAGAUCAGCGGGAUCAUCAUGAGCAGAGUUAAUGCCUAUCAGCAGGGAGUAGGCUAUCAGAUGCUGGGAAACGUUGUCACCAUUGGGUUAGCAUGUCUUCCUUUCCUCUACCGGCUCGUCCAUACAAAGAAUCUUGAACAGCUGCGAUCCAUUUCAAUGAAGGAACUUUUGAAUAUCUUUUGUGGGGCUCCUACCAUCACCCCUGUCAUUGUCUUGGCUGUGAUUAACUUCCUGGAGCGUCUCUGCCUGACUUGGAUGUUUUUCUUUAUGAUGUGCGUUGCUGAGAGAACUUACAAACAGCGGUUUUUGUUUGCCAAACUUUUUAGUCACAUAACAUCUGCCCGAAAAGCCAGGAAGUAUGAAAUCCCCCACUUCAGACUCAAGAAGGUGGAGAAUAUUAAAAUUUGGUUGUCACUGCGCUCCUACCUAAAGAGGAGAGGGCCCCAGCGAUCUGUGGAUGUAGUUGUCUCUUCAAUCUUUUUAUUGGCUCUAUCAAUUGCUUUCAUAUGCUGUGCACAGGUUUUAAAAGGGCACAAAACAUUCCUGAAUGCAGCUUACAACUGGGAGUUCCUCAUCUGGGAAACAGCCCUCCUCCUUUUUCUACUGCGCCUGGCAUCACUGGGCUCUGAAACCAACAAAAAAUAUAGUAAUAUUUCAAUCCUGCUCACUGAACAGAUUAAUUUAUACCUAAAGAUGGAAAAGAAGCCAAACAAGAAAGAACAGCUCUCCCUAGUGAACAAUGUUUUAAAACUGUCUACAAAGCUACUGAAGGAGUUAGACACACCAUUUAGACUCUAUGGCCUGACUAUGAACCCUUUAAUCUACAACAUCACACGAGUUGUGAUCCUGUCUGCCAUCUCAGGUGUUAUAAGUGAUCUUCUUGGAUUCAAUAUCAGAUUAUGGAAAAUCAAACCAUGAACUGGCCAAGGCUCAGCCCUCAAUGCUGUGAGGAUUAUCAAACCAUCAGGACGACACUGGAUAGAAGCAAGACAUUGGCUUGAGGCAGAGGUGGUCCUAAAUUUUGGCAUAUUUCUUACACAUUUCUUCGUGUAUCAAAGAUGUUUUCUCACAUUGCUUAGAUUCACAGCCUACAGAAUAAACUAGUUUAACUUGUGAGGGCAGCCCAGGACUUGCACACUAAGUAAACAAAACGUGAUUUGUCCAUCAGCAGUGUGACACUGUUCUAAGGGCAUUUCCCUAUUAAGUAGGCACCAAAGUGUGAAGCAGCCACACAUUUUGGAGGGGCCUCAAAACAGUAGGAGAACAAUGCUAUGGGAUUCUGUAUACAACAGCUUGUGGCCAUAGCUCUGUUAAAGGCUAUUUAUAGAUGGAUAAAUAAGUUACUGCAGCAGGCUGGCUCUGUGUUACACAACUAACUUGCUGUGGCAGCGUCUCCAUUUCCUCUGUUAACAUUAAUUUCACUGCAGUAAGUCAGUACUAUGACUCCCAAUUACUGCUUUAAGAUAUAAAUAAGCUCUUCACUUGUUAAAAUAUGGCGUUAAGGCCUUGACAAGAGGACUCACUUUCCUAAUAACUGUCCAGGCUAAAUGCACUACAGCUGAGCAGAACAUGCCAGGUGCUGGAUGGUUAGGGGGUAGACUUUAAAAUUCUGCUAUCUGUGCCUUUUUAGUUUACAUAUUAGAGCAGAUCCCUGUUCCCCUUUCCAUCAGCUGCAUCUUCCUCCAGUGCCCCGUUUGAUAGGUGCAUGUGUCUAGUGGCUUCAAGUAAAGAAACAUUCAUUUAAGUGCCUUUAGGCUAGAGGGGCAAGGUCUGGUUUGAACCUUGCCCCUUUAUUCUGUGCUACUACAGCCUUUCAUGAAAAUUCAGUCCCUCCACCCAAGAUAAAUAUUGCCUCCAAGGGCACUUGAUGGUUAAACUUUCAGUUGCAUAGCAACAUUAAAGCCACUCUGCUGCACAUACCAGGAGAGAUGAUAGUUUUUAUAUAAUUAAGUGUUCUUCAGACAACUCAUUAUUCUUGACUGAUAAGCCCUAAUAGAACAAGCAAAGCAUUCUCCACAAGGGACUAUGCUACCACUUGUUCUCUACAACCCCUCAAUCUGUAAAGCACCAUCAGUGUAUAAACAUUUUUUACAAUGCUGGUAGCAGCUAGAAAACUGAAGAAUAGAGUAACAUUUACAUGUAACACUUGAAUCUUUGGUAAUGAUUUGGUUAGAGUUUUGAGGAGGUGGGUCAAUAGGGCUGUUAAAGCAUUCUGGAAAAUAUUAAUGCUUUCUAUUUCUAUAGUGCCUUACCUUUCUAACACAGGUAAGUAUUAUUCAGAGAUGUGGUAAAAGUGGAAGAAAAGAAGAUUCCCCUGUUCUAAUGCACAGCCUCCUAAAAGUAUACAGUAGCUGCCUUUUAUGCAACACUACUAAUAAAGUACCUUGGACCAAAGUAAAUGGCCCUCUGGGGUAAGGACUGAUUGUGAAAACCACGUGAGGCACGAAUGUGAUAAAUCUCAUACUGAAGGGGAGGUUAACAGUCUACAACUGGUAUGAGGAAAGAAUCUAAAGCCACUUCACUAGCAGAAGUUGUUUUGCUGUAAGUGCAGCUUGUGUUUUCCUUAGGCUGGUGACUUUUUCAAUAAAUUAAGAAAUAGUAAGUCAGUCAUAGGACUAAGAUUGAGAGAAAAGGAUACCUUUAACUCCACUGUUCCAUCUCAUGCCAUAAAGGGACGAUGACAUAGGUCAUUGUUUGUAGUAAAUUGUUUAUGCAAAGCUAUUUUCUGUACAAUGAAAAGUAGUAGAAAUGUAAAAAGUGACAUUUAAUACACAAAUAAACCCAUGGAAGCAAACUCCAUCAAAACAGCUGGUAUUAUAUUUGGCAGGACUGUGGUUGAGUAUGUUAUGUGAAAAGGGAGACAAGGUAACUUUCAGAUGAUAAAUG